CAGCAACGCCAUACCUACAAAAUUCAAUUGCAAAAAAAAAGAAAGAAAAUAACAACGAGCGAAAUCAAAACCGAAGACAACAUCAGAGCAACUGGCAAUACAACGCGCUACCAUAUGAAACCAACAACAACAACAACAGGAAUAACAGCAAAUAUUCGCACCACAGUGUGAAUGACGACCACGACGACGACAAAGAAGAUGAAGAUUUUUUCUUCUUGUAUUUCUUUUUCAUGUUGUGUCGUUCGUUUUGCUUUAACUCCUGUCUCCUAUAUGGCGCUGAUGUUGUAUUGUACCUCAUAUAGUAUUGUACAGUAAAGUCACAAAGCAGGCAGUAAGUUGUCUAUUAAAUUAAAAAAGGCAACUACAAUUGUUGGAGAGGGUUUUUAUGUUGAUGUUUAUUCUUUUCAACUCGAACCAUAGCAAUAACCCUCAUCACCACCUCUAACCAAGCAGCAGCAACAACAACAACAAUAAACCCUCCAGUCUGAUAGGAUUUUCUUCUAUGAAAUGUUUAUCCAAUAAAACGAAAUAGAGAAAAAUAAUGAAAAACCUUAGACGUUGUGGUACCUCAAAGAAAAAGUGAAAAGCAAAAAAUAAAAAAGAAAACAAAUGAGUAGUGUAAACGAGAGGCGCGGAAAUCUCUUGUAAUGAAUUAGUGUAAUUAUUAUACGAUUAUUUGACAUUUGUUGUCAUCACUACUGUAUUGUAACGCGUUGUUGUUUUUCAUUCUUCUGGUGUGAAAUUCUGCUGGCUUCUCUCUUGUUGGUGGUUGCGUUGUUCCUUUGGUUGUCCUCCAUAAGUGUGGCUAGUGUUAACGAAUUUCUUUUUUGUUCUACUAUUUCUAGUAAAAAUAUAAAGUGUGAUUUCCAAUAGAAAAAAAAAAAACGAUAUAAAAAGCAACAAAUGCAAGAAGCUUUGUUUAUAAUUGAAUACUAUCACCGAAAAGUAUAGAAUCAAACAGGCCGCCUACUAAAAAAUAAAAAGAUACGCUCUUGAAAAAAGCGCGCCUAAAAUUUCAUUAAAAAACACAAUUAAAAUUAAUGGUGAAUCAACAAGCCAAACAGCACGCUGCUCAUCAGUUAUGUUAACGAGUGGUAAUUAAAUGAAAUAAGUAUUAUUUCCUAACAAAAAAGAAGAGCAUAAAAGCUUAUAAACAUUUAAAAAGAGUUCCAUGUUUUAAGAAACUCCAAAGCGAUUACAUUUUUUUCGGAUAUAAAUUGAGUGUCCCCCACCGCCUCCCCCCAAUCUGACAACCAGCGACAUUAAUCAGUAUCAUCCUUUUGAGCCGAGCACGAGAGAGAGAGCAGUUUAUCAGCGUAUAUGCGGCAAAUAUAAGAGAAACACGUUAAAAAUAUAAACAUCAUGGAACAUUUUCAUCAAAUACAGCAAACUCUUCAACAUUAUCAGCAACAAUUGGUUGCCCAGCAACAACAACAGGCCGCUGCCGCAGCCGCUGCUGUCCAGCAACAACAACAAUUGCAACAACAGCAGCAGCAGCAACAGCAGCACCAACAACAAGUUGUCGUCCAACAGAAUCAACAGCAAGCCCAUCAAAAUAAUGCCAACACCACUUCUGGUGUUGGUACCCAACAGCUUUUCACAUACAAAAUGGCCAGUAGUUUUCCCAAUCCAGCCACAACAAUGGCCCAAGUUGUUGCCACCUCCAAUGCAGCCGGUACACCCGCCUACGACUAUCGUCUAAACAUGGCCCAGGCAGCAGCUGCCGCCGCAGUACCCGGUUCACAGUGGUGGUAUUCAGCUGCCAAUCAGGGACAAAUCGAUGCCAAUACAGCCGCCCAAUUGCAACAGCAACAACAGCAGCAGCAACAACAACAACAGCAGGCGCAACAGCAGCAGCAACAGCAACAACAGCAGCAACAGCAAGCGCAACAGCAGGCGCAACAACAGGCGCAACAGCAGCAGGCCCAACAGCAUCAACAGCAACAACAGCAAUUGCAGCAAGCGCAACAGCAGGCGCAACAGCAACAACAGCAGCAACAGAAUGCGAAUAAUAUGAUACGUACUCCCGGAGGUGGCAAACCGGAUGCUAAGCCACGUGGUCGUAUGACAGCCUAUGCCUACUUUGUACAGACAUGCCGCGAAGAACACAAGAAAAAACAUCCCGACGAAACAGUUAUAUUCGCUGAAUUCUCCAGAAAGUGUGCUGAACGAUGGAAGACAAUGGUUGACAAGGAGAAGAAACGCUUCCACGAAAUGGCUGAAAAAGACAAGGCACGUUAUGAAUUGGAAAUGCAAAAUUAUGUGCCUCCCAAGGGUACGGUUGUGGGACGUUCCAAAAAGAAGAAACAAAUGAAGGACCCCAAUGCGCCGAAACGAUCAUUAUCUGCCUUCUUCUGGUUUUGCAAUGAGAAACGUAAUGAGGUUAAGGCCCUCAAUCCCGAAUAUGGUGUUGGCGAUAUCGCCAAAGAGCUGGGCAGAAAAUGGGCCGAUGUUGAACCUGAAGUUAAACAAAAAUAUGAAUUAAUGGCUGAAAAGGAUAAGGCACGAUAUGAAAGAGAAAUGACGGAAUACAAAACAAGUGGGAAAAUUGCCAUGUCUGCCCCCUCCAUGCAAGCCCAACAGCAGGCGGCGCAAAAGGCUGCUCUACUGGCUGUGGCUGCUGCCCAACAGGCACAGCAACAGCAGCAGCAACAACAACAGCAGGCGGUACAUCAUGACGAUCACGAUGAAGAUGAUGCAGAGGGUGAUGAUGAUGAAAAUCAGUAGAUUUAAUAAUUAAUAUUAUGCCCAAAUGUUGCUUAUGAGAUAAAAACAAACAAACAACAACAAAUCAAUCAACCAACAACAACAACAACAACAACAAAUAUUAUUCAGACAAUUAAAGAAUAAUGCAAGCGAAAAGAAACAAAAACAAAAUUCCACCAUUCUUAUUACUAAAAUCCACCACCACCACCCCCAUAAGAAACACUUCCAUAACACGUUUCUCCUACCACCCCCCUCGUCAAGCCAGCCAACUACAUUUUAAACCAGUUUAUUUUGUACAUUUUAACUUGUUUUAGUUUCCCACCAGCCUUCCUUCCUUCUCUCCCUUAAAAAAUAAGCUUAAGCUUCACAAUCACAAGACCAACUACCAACUUAUCUCUCACUUUUCAAUAAUUUUCAACAAAACAACACAGGGUAACAAAAGGUUUGAUACAUUUUCGGAAAAAAAAAAAUGAAAACAAGAAUGAAUUCCAUUUUUCUUCUCCCCCUCCCUCCCUCUCUUCGAUUUAUAUAUGUAUGUACGUACCUCAAGUAUGUAUGUGUAAAUAAAGCAAGAUAUUUUUGUUGCCCUGUGUUCUUUUUUUGAUAUGUAACUAGAAAAAAGACCAUUAUAUUUUGACCAUCAUAUAAAUAUAUAUAUUUUUUAAAUAAUUCACAACACACUUUUUCUCCCAUACAAAACAAGAAAAAUGAAAACACACACAACAAUUAAUUUUUCUUCUUUUAUUUUGUAGAAAAUGUGUUGAAAUUUUUCUUAAUUUUUUUUAUUACCACUAAUUAUACGCUUUAAUUUUUGUGUGAAACUCAAGUUAAUGAAGCAGAAGAUGAUGAUGAUGAUGAAAAAAAUUACUGUGUAAUUUUUAUUUAACAAAAAAAAAAAAAAAAGAAAAACUAUUAAAACUUUAUAAUUUUAUUCGUAUUUUUUUGCAAAUUUCCAAAACAAACAAAUUAGUAACUGAGUUAUAAUACAUGUUUUCAUUUAAGGUAAAACUGAAAAACAAAAAAUCUUUAAAAAAAAAUUUAAACCUAACCUAAAAUAUACAAACAUAUACAUAUAAAGAAACAAAAUCUAAAGAAACAAUUUUAGGUUACAACAAAAUCAUCAUAUACUCUCCGACCCAACGGCAUACAUAUUAACAUUAUGAUAAAUAUAUAUAUUGUUUUAAAUUGAACUCUAUACUACUACAUACAUAUAUAUAUAUAUAAAUAUUGUAAAGUGAACUUUUUAUAGAAAACAAGAUUAAACGAAAAA